AUGUCUCAGUUGCCUGAUGAUGAUUUGCCUGCUAGUUCAGAAAAUUAUAACGCACUGAAACGGCGCAUUGCUUUUUUAGAGGAACAAAAUGCUGACCUCCAGGGGGAAAGUAACCGCAGCAAAAGCCGUAAUGACCCAUACCUUACUUCUGGCCGAGCUAUUUGGCGCCUUGACCAAAUUCAUGAGACAUUUCAAUGUUUGAUACGCUGGGUCCCAUGUGUCCGUAAACUUGUCUACUCUGAAAGUGAUGGGUAUCAACUUAAUGCCGCAUAUCAAAAACUCAACAGGGCAGCAGAUUCAGCCAGAGGCGACGAUGCUGCUUCCUUGAAGUUAGUAGUUACCUCCUGGCUGAAUGAGAGUCUUCCUACCCCCAACCCACCUAUCCACUCACGGGACAAGUCAGGAUGUGGAUUUUACAAUGACACAACGGGAGAACUCAUCUGUCCAGUAGAUUUUAAAUGGACAGAUAUGAGAACAAAGGAAGGUAUACAAAAUUAUGAACCUACCUUUCAAGUUACUGCCCACUCUUGGCCAACAUUUUUGUAUAAAGAUGGCAAAUAUGAUCAUGAGGACCCAACAACAGGGCUUUUCAAAGGUGCUCUACUUGUCAGGGCUUUCAAACACAUCUUCACCUCACCUAGUUCUGCCGGUGAGAUACAACCUGACCAAGAUGAAUUCUCCCGGGAACCACGAUACAAGCGGUCAAGGACCUCAGGUGAAUGGCGCACCAGGUCUGAUGUCGCAGCGCUAUUAGGGAUGCGAUCAGUUCAACCUAGAGCCAUUGCAUAUUCUGCAGUUCAGUUUUAUGUCUACAUCCUCAAUUACUUCGAACACCCGCCAACAUCUGCAGCCAAAACCUCUGUUGAGGCGCUUCUUGUUUGGUGGAACCGAAUAGUUUUUGGCCCUCGCAAUGUGGCCUCUUAUUCGCCUCAGAUCGCUGCAAAGUAUUCAGUUGCUAACACUUCAGCCAGAUGCUGA